AUGAGUUGGAAUCUGCUUGAGCGCUUCAUAGAAUCGGACCACUUCAACACCGACCCGUCGCUGGCAGUGGCCUAUCUUGCACGCUAUGCAGACCAUGUCGGCAUCCACUAUGUGCUUUGUUCCAAGCUCCGCCAGUUUGCGUACGAGGAGCUCGAAUUCUUCCUGCCGCAGCUAUGUCACUUGCUCAUCAGCAUAGACAAUGAGUCUAUGGCCCUGGAGGAGUUCAUCAUCGACUUGUGUGAGGAGUCGGUCAAUGGCGCGCUUCUGACCUUUUGGCUUUUCCAGACGUACUUGCACGACCUCGCCAGCGCGCCCAACUCGAUCGCGUUCAAGACGUGUCGGCGGAUAUACAACAGGGUGCAGCGCAUCGUCUUUGGUUCCGCCGAGCCCCAGCGUCGUGAGAAGAUCAAGGAGAACGUCCUCCCCGUCUCUGUCCUGGCGAGCUUGGUCCUCGCGAGUGUGGCAGCGCCGUUCCUCCCACUGCAUGCUGGGCCCUUGGCCAUUGCGCAGGCGCGAAAACCGAGGCCCGUGGAAGACAUCAUUUCAGACAAUGUACAGACGGCGAAAGUAGGGAGGAGCAAGACGGUCACGGGCGCGUCGCCGAGAGUGAAGCAACGGAGGGCGGCAUCGGGCUUGUCAGAUCCAGAGGAUGGGCGCUCUGUCAAGACUGCGUUGCCUCGCCCAAAGGAGUUGGGAGACCCCAAGGACUUGAGGCGACAGGCAGCACGACCCUCCGGCCAGCAGAGAGCGCCCUCUAUGCAGAAUCGCCCCUCGAUGCUUAUCGUGGCUCGAGAGGCUCGUCUGAGUUCUUCAUCUCUACCAGACUUUCGCCAGGGACCUCCGUCUCCGCUUCCUACCCCGCCUCCCACUGCAGGACUGGGUCCGAGGACUGAUCACCAUGGAUCACGCAGGCAUUUGGCGCUUCCCCCGAGACCUCUCACACCGACUGCACUGUCCCGAACACAGAAGAUACGCCUCCUACGAUCCAAUUACUUUCGAAACGAAACCCAGUUCUUGAGUGCCUUGGAAGAUAUCUCGAACCGAUUGGUGAUUGUGCCAAAGCCGGCGCGCCUGAGUGCUCUCCGAGCGGAACUGGCCUUGAUUGCCCAGGAUCUUCCCGCUGAGGUAGACAUUCCGACCUUGUCACCCCCCACGUUGAAAGACGGAAUUGCCUCGCAAAGUCAACACCAUCGAAUCGUGCGAAUCAAUCCUGCCGAGGCUACCAGUUUAAACAGCGCGGAACGAGUGCCAUAUCUGCUAAUGGUGGAGGUGUUGAAAGAGGAUUUUGACUUUGACCCAGACACUGAGCAAAACAAGCAACUGCUGGAAAAACUAAUGUUCGAAAAAGGUACCUCGAGGCGACGUCUCUUCGACAUCACCAACGCGGAAUAUCUGGCGUUUGAUAGGACACCACCAAAUGGAUCUGACAGUGUAUUCGAACCUUCGACGGGCGAUUUGGGUAGCACAUCGCUGCUAAAGAGCUCAGAUGAAGAUGACAUUUCCUCGGGUCUAGCACGAGUGACACUGCCACCGCCUGUCGCCAGUGCCAGAGUUACAGCGCCUAGGUCGUCAAGCGGCGCAAACACACUGUCUUCUAUGGCAACAUUAUCUACACCCCGGACAUCUGAUUCUCAAAUCAGCAGAACAAAUAGCCCUGGUCCCUCGAGACGCAUGACGCUGCCUGCCAAUGUGAACCGCGGAACACAGAGUGUCGACCAGCCAGACUUCUCAGCCCUGGCUACGCAUAUGCGCACGGCCGCCCAAAUGCUGGCACAGCUCGAAGCCAGUGGUGCAAAGCGACCGAAGAACGAGGUGGCUGCGAUAAAGGCCAAAAUCAUCGCAAGCAUGCAGAGUCUAGAGGAGCAGAAUUUCCUGUCGGAAGAUCAGGGACCAACAUUCGACACAAUCAUGGCAGAGGCUGAUCCAGUAGCCAUCACCGCAGAACCGGAAGACUUGGAAGAAGGCAUGGCUGUCGCGGCCAACACGGGUGCCGGUGCAGCUCGCAUGGAGAAUGAUUUGAAGACUGGUGGAAUGCGAAGACAAGGCGACCGCGAUGACCCUAGUGCUGCAACAUUUGGAGAAGUUUGGACCGCAAAGCGAGAACGCAUACGACGAUCCUCUCCCUAUGGGCACAUGAAGAACUGGGAUCUCUUUAGUGUGAUUGUCAAGACGGGAGCCGAUCUCCGUCAAGAAGCCUUUGCCUGCCAACUCAUUCAAGUUUGCACCAAGAUUUGGGAAGAAGCCAAAGUCCCCGUCUGGACCAAACGCAUGCGCAUCCUUGUAACAGGCGAGUCGUGCGGGCUCAUCGAAACCAUUACUAACGGCGUGUCUUUGCACUCGUUGAAACGCAGCUUGACGCUCGCCAGCAUAGCUGCAGGCACGAAUCCGCGAAAACGCAUUGCCACGCUCAAGGACCACUGGCUCAAGACGUUUGGCGAGCCCGAUUCCGAGGCAUAUAUUGCCGGUGUUGAUGCCUUUACACGCUCCCUCGCAGCCUACAGUGUGAUAUGCUAUGUCCUCCAACUCAAAGACCGCCACAACGGAAAUCUCCUCAUCGAUAACAUGGGCCACAUCAUUCACAUUGACUUUGGCUUCAUGCUAUCCAAUUCCCCGGGUUCCAUGGGUUUCGAAGCCGCGCCGUUUAAACUGACGCAAGAAUAUGUCGACGUGCUCGGUGGCUUGAACUCGCCCGCUUUUGAAGAGUUCAAGUCGCUGUGCAAGCGGGCGUUUCAGGCGUUGCGCAAGGAUGCCGAACGGCUGAUUAUGCUGGUCGAUCUGAUGAGCAAGCAGAGCAAGAUGCCGUGUUUUGCGGCCGGGGCGGCGAGCGUGACGAAUAGUCUAAGGGCGAGGUUGAUGCUGCAUCUUAGCCGUGAAGAGGCGGAGGGGUUUGUCGAGGAGUUGAUUGCGAAGAGUGUGGGCAGCUAUUACACACGGCUUUAUGAUACGUUUCAGUACCGGACGCAGGGCAUUUACUAG